GACCAGGCAGCCUCCCCCCUACUCCUAUCAGCCUGCACUGCCUGUCCCCUGGCUUACACACUACUGGCUCCCAGCAACUUAUCCUCCAUCCACCACCACCAGGGUUUGAGCAGCACCAGCAGCUAUGUGGGACUAUAAACACUUUCUGCUCCUCUCUUUGGCCUUUACCUCCACUGUAACAGCACUCAGCAAGGUUUUGGGAGAUACAGAUCAGGUUCGGAUGACUUCUGAGGGCUCAGAUUGUCGAUGUAAAUGCAUUAUGAGGCCAUUAAGCAAAGAGGCCUGUUCCCGUGUUAAAGGAGGCAACAUGCGCGUGGAAGAUUAUUAUACAGUGGAGACAGUGAGCUCAGGCUCAGAUUGCAAGUGUUCCUGCACCGCCCCUCCGUCCUCUCUUAAUCCUUGUGAAAAUGAGUGGAAGAUGGAAAAAAUGAAGAAACAAGCUCCUGAGUUAUUUAAGCUGCAGUCUAUGGUUGACCUCCUGGAGGGAACGCUGUACAGCAUGGACCUAAUGAAGGUGCAUUCCUACAUCAAUAAGGUGGUAUCACAGAUGAACACUCUCGAAGAGACAAUAAAGACAAAUUUAACCCGAGAGAACGACUUUAUGAAAGAAAGUGUUGUGAAUCUGUCCAAUCAGAUGAAGAAAUAUGAGAACUAUUCCGAAAUUAUGCUGAGUAUAAAGAAGGAAAUUUCAAACCUGGGAUAUCAGUUGCUGCAGAAGGACGCCCCGGAGAACAAAGCCCAGGACACAGCAGGAGUCAAAGGUCUUGCCAAAUUUCCCAAUAACAAGAAGAAUGAAGGGGAUAAGUCUUUGUCUAAGGUUACGAAGGAUAAGCCACCAAAAGCAGAAAAACCCAAAAAAGAAGUCAGCAAAACCAAACAAGUUCCCCCUCAGCCAACCCCAAGGCCCAGGUCCCCUGUCCUUCAGCCUGUGGUCAUACGUGGUGUAACCUAUUACAAAGCUGGGCGGCAAGAGGAUGCUGAAAAUGCUGCAGGCAACAGAGAGAGUGUUGUUAAGGGACCACACAGAGGAGCAAAGCCAGAAAUUAGAACAGAAGGGAAUAUCACUGAGCCCUACCUCAUCAGGGAAGAAAGGAUUGUGGCCACUCAAAGAGCAACCCCAACACCAACACCCACCACAACUCCUACCACCACACAAUCUACAACAACCACCACCACCACGAGAACCACCAUUUCCACAGCUACUGAAUAUCCAUUGACUACACUUUCUUCCACUGUUCUUGGAGCUGAAGCAGAGACAAAUAAAGUCAGAGAAGGAGAGUGUGAAGGAACCAUUGCUUCAGUGGAGCAGCCAAAAAAACAGCACAGCUAUGGGCGCAAUGAAGGAGCGUGGAUGAAAGAUCCCAUAGCCAAAGAUGGAAGAAUCUAUGUUACCAACUAUUAUUAUGGAAAUAACCUUGUAGAGUUUCGGAACCUUGACAACUUCAAGCAAGGUCGGUGGAGCAAUCUUUACAAGGUCCCUUACAACUGGAUUGGGACUGGGCAUGUGGUCUUCCAAGGAGCCUUUUACUACAACAGAGCAUUCACCAAGAACAUCAUCAAGUAUGACCUAAAGCAGCGGUUUGUAGCAGCCUGGACCCUCCUGCAUGAUGUGGUAUAUGAAGACACUACCCCUUGGAAGUGGAGAGGUCAUUCUGAUAUCGAUUUUGCCGUUGAUGAAAGCGGCCUUUGGGUUAUUUACCCAUCUGUGGAUUAUGAUUAUUCUCAACAAGAAGUCAUCGUCAUUAGCAAGCUUGAUCCUAACGACCUAUCCAUAAAGAAGGAGACAACUUGGAAAACGGGGCUUAAACGCAACUCCUAUGGAAACUGCUUUAUAAUAUGUGGAAUCCUCUAUGCCGUUGAUGUCUAUAAUCAAAAGGAAGGAAUGAUUUCCUAUGCAUAUGACACUCACACCGACACAGAGGCAGAUCCAAAGUUACCUUUCAUUAAUGAAUAUGCCUUUACUACACAAAUAGACUACAAUCCCAAAGAGAAGGUGCUAUACGCCUGGGACAAUGGACACCAGUUAACUUACAAAGUGAACUUUGUUGCAUGAAUGAAAAGCUGCCUUGUUCAGAGACAGGUCAGCCUUCCAGAAAGAAAGCACUUUUAGACAUCGGUUAUAACGUGUUGCUUGGGGAGCUACUAAAGUAUCCACUGGCUAUCAGGAGGCGAAAAUGCCCCAGGCAAGAAAUGACUUUGCAAUGUGGUAUAUGACGUAUCCAUUGUCAAACACAAAAAAACACAACUGUAAAAGACUGAAUGGGCACUGAGCUGAAUGCCUCAAAGGAAUAAAAGAGACCCCAUUUCACUGUCAACAAUCUGACAUCUCAUCUUAUUUUAAGUUAAACCUCAAUGUCUUUAAGGGUUUUUCAUGAAUAGAGGAGACAAAAUGAGUUUUACAAAACGGUUGUCAAUAGAAGUUUGACCAGGGACCACCAAAGGCAGACCUCCAGACCACCCUAAGGCCAAGGAAAAUGUAUAGAUAUACUUCUUUUUUUAUCCUUUUUACUGUAUAGUUUUUCAUACUACACUUAAUAAUACAGAGUACUUUUUUAAAUUGAAUUUAAGUAUUUGGCUGUGUGUGGCUUAAGAAGCAUUGUGUUGGUGAUGCCUAAAGAAAGACAAUUCAGUAUUACUUAACAUCAACUACUUUAAAGGGACUUUUCUACUAUUAAAGAAGCAGCCAACCUACUUAUUUUACCAUUAUGCAUUUCAUUGUACAGUGUCAAAAGAUAUGCAGCCCAAAGUACCAGUGUUGUUUGCUUUGUAAUAAAAAGAAAACAGUGUAUGUUUCCGCGUGCUAAAGCAGCCUGUCCUUUUGGUUAAGUAACUUUACUUGCCCGGAUCCAAUUUUAAAAUGAUUUAAUUUCAGGAAAGCUUGUAUUGUUUUGCAGAAUUACUAAUUGGUUUCAAAGGGGAUUAGAACACAAUUUUUAUGUGCAUCUUCCUUGUUGCAGAGGCAUUGGCCAAACAUCAGCUUUUAAUGGGCCAUAAAACCCAUGGACAUGUCCAAAGAUAAUAAUGUGGACAGCACAGUGGCCCAGUGAUUAGUAUUUAUAUCAUGCAGCACAUGGGUCCUGGGUUUUAUCCUAACCAAGGCAAUUUGGUCUUGCUUGGUCGUCAUGGAUAUCCUCUGGGUACUCAAGUUUUUCUCUAUACUCCAAAAAUAUUCAGGCAGGAUAAUUGGCUACUGAUGAAAUUAAACCUAAUAUGCAAUAAGGAAAUAAAAUGUAAGCUUCACUGGGGCAGGGACUGAUAUGACUGAGGAUCUUUGAACAGCGCUUUAUAAACUUGUUAGCACUAUAUUAAUAAAGGAUAUGAUAUAAUAUAUAAUAUAAUAAAGGAUAAAAUAAUAAUAUCAUUCAAA